AUGAAGUACUCAACGACCAUCUUCACGGCACUGGCUCCUUUCGCCAUGGCCCGACGAGUUGCCAAUGUCUUCCCCCCGCCAGCUGGAAUCGUUCAACGAAAUGCCGAGACUGAAUCCAGCGAGAGUGGCAUCCAAGUCUCCCGGGGCAAGCAGGUAGAAGGUAUCACUGCCAACUCCCGCGCCGAGGUGAUUGUCAUCUGGCUCAACCCAGGCAACGGCGCUUCCAAAACAUCCAUCAACGAGCAAGUCACUGUCACCAAGACUGUUACCGCUGGCGCUGGCGGCGAAGCAACCCAGGCUCCUGGAGGAAGUGCCACCGCUUCUGCCCCUGGCACGGGAGCCACCCACACUAUCACGGUUGGCGGCGCGAACGGCCUCGCUUUUAGUCCGCAAGAGCUUCGUGUGCCUAUGGGUGAUAUGCUUCUUUUCAAGUUCGGGUCCCAGAACCACACGGUCACUCAAGCCGAGUUCGCUACCCCUUGCAAGCCCAUGGCUGGUGGUAUGGACUCUGGCUUCCUUGCCAACCCUAACAAUACCGUUUCACCACCGCCUGAGGUUGCUAUGCAAGUCAUGACAGACAAGCCUCUCUGGUUUUUCUGCGCACAAAAGGGCCACUGUGGCAAGGGCAUGGUCUUGUCCAUCAACCCUACUGCCGAAAAGACGCAUGCCAUGUUCCAAGGGAUGGCCAUUGCUCAGAACGGUGCCGGCUCAGCUACUCCCAUCACCGGCGGAGAGCAGGGCAGCACUCCUCCUCCCCCCUCUGCUCCCGGCGGCGUUGGCGGCAACUCCACCGGGGGUGCUGGAGGCGCUGGCGGCUCUGGCAGCUCUGGCGGCAACUCUGGCGUCACCCCUGGCAAGGCGACUAUGGGUGCUGAUGGAUCCUACCACUGUGUUGUUACUUGCAACAGUGGUUCAUUCCCUGAUGCUUCCCAAGGCGUUGGCGCAUUUGGCGGAAUGAGUGGCGCUCUUCCCGUCUAG